AGAGGAAACAACAGGCUCACCAAGUCCUAAUCAAGGGAAUGAAGAGAUAAGUCCUCCAAUAAUCCCCAACCCUGAUGAAGAAACUACAAGUCCACCAGAGAAUCCAGGAACUGACACAGUAACAGGUCCAAGUCCAGAUAACGAGGAAAUAAACAACGAACCAAAAGCCAGUCCAACAGAAACUCAACAAACAACAAGCCAACCCACAAAGUUUAAUAUGUCCAACAUAGAAGUUCUUGAUAAAGCCCUYUCUAACAAUAACAGUCAGAAUCCGAUUGACAGUGGAAUGUCCCUUGAAGUCGACAAACCGGAAAAUAUUAUUGAGCAAUUACGAAAGACAAACAUUAGCAUUUCAGUUGAUAGGCCAGAGAAUCCUUUAAACGAUUACAACACAAGUAAUAAGAAAAACAUUACAAUACCUGAYGGUAAAAUAUUAACUCUACCACAUGGGAAUAUUUCAAAACUGCRGAUUGAUGUUGGAAAACCYGAAAGCUCUGCAAACAAUUCUAUCUCACCCUAUGAGAUGACAAUUGAAGUAUCCAAACAAGACAAUGCUUCAAAUAUGAAUAAUUCAUCUAUGGACGAUAAAAAUCCUUCAUUAACUGUCGUAACAGAUGCCAUUUUAGAUGGUUCUCCACAGAGCAUUGAUGUUAUGCAAAUUCCUACUGACCAAGAAUCAUUUCAAGAUGGUAGACACGAAAACUCUGUGGAAACUUUACCUCUAAAAAGACAGAUGGGUAGACGCGGAGGAAGACAUAAAGUUGUCCUUACAGAGGAGGAUUUCGGAUAAACGAUUAGCUGAUCAACAAUACCAGAUGACUAAACAGCCCAACCAGUACUGAUCCUGCAAAGCGAAGAGCCACAGAAAUCACUCUAUUCCGCUUGUCAUUCAUACAAAGAAAUCAAGUUUUCAUCCAAGCCCCUGGAUCAGAGAUGAUACACAUUGGUGACCAUGAAAUCACGCAGUUCUGAAGCGCCUUCACGCGUACGCCUGGACGAUCACAUUGCAGAAACCAUCAAGACGAAGUCUACUAAGUGUUCAGACAUCGCAUCAAAGGUUGAGGUUCUAAUGCAUCAUGUCCUUUGUAUGAUAUUUAUAAAUACGCUGUAAUAUUAUGGGCUCUAGGUAGAAAUACAAUAAUGUUUGAAUACUUUUGUAUAUAUUAUACUUUUCAAAAAAUAAUGAAAAUAAAGUCAUUUUGUA